AAGUAGCCACAGCCACAGGGACGGAUUGUUUGAUGAAAAAUUCGCUCACUACGCUACCAAUUUCCCAAUUUCUGCCGUUCUCUUCCGUAUUAGCCUGCGUUAUCACUAGCCAUACACCGCGAAAACCGCCGCCAUAACUGCCGCCGCGGCGUUUCUUCACUGGCUUGGCGGUUGUGCCGGUCGCUGUCUCCACCGCAUUCAAGGGGGAACUGUUUUCACCGUCACAGAGACACGGAAUUCUCUCAUGUCCACAUCGGAGCAAGCCCUCGUCACUUUACUCUCCCGCUUUGCUUUAUCGUUUGAUGGAGCCGUUUUGGGUGCUGCCCUAGCUUAUGCUGCCGUUCGUACCGUCCUCAAACUCACUGCUUCCUGCUCCGCUCUCAAUGAGCUCCGUAAAGCUCCUUAUGUUGGAGUUUCUGAUCUUCGUCAUAUCAUUCCCGACGGAGAUUCGGGGCAAUCCGAGUCCGAUCGAAAGCUUGUUGUUGUUCGUGGCACCGUGGAGGCCAGGUCGUCGGUGGAAGGUAAUUGGAAGAGUUUACAGCCUAAUAUAUUGAUUUCUCAAGAGUCCGGAGAUAGAGCGGUGAUUAUUCAGCGAACUCAAGUGUGCAUAUUCAACGAAUGGAAAGGCUUUUUUGGAUGGACAUCCGACUUACGGGCAAUUUUUGGAAGAACCUUUAGAAAGCAAGAGUCAACAUCAUUUAGAACGGUUCCUUUUGUUCUUGUUGAGGGUCAUUCACCAUACUCUGAUUUUGUUGUUGUUAACAUGGAUGGCUCAAGACAUCCCUUGCCUCUUACAACUGUGUAUCAUCAACUGCAGCCCGUUUGUGCUACUCCUUAUACCUUCCUUCAAGCAGUUUUUGGUCAUGAGUACCCUGUUGGGGUGCUUGAUGAGGAGAAAAUACUUCCAUUAGGAAAAAAUAUCAGUGCUGUUGGCAUAUGCAGUUUUGAAAAUGGAGUUCCUGUGAUAAAGUCGUGCAGUGAUUUUCCCCAUUUCCUAUGUGAAAUGACUAAGGAUCAGAUGAUUUUAGAUCUAGUCUUCAAAACAAAAUUUCUAUUCUGGAGUAGUAUUGUCCUUGGUUCAUUGUCAGUUGGCAUUCUUGGUUAUUCUGUCGUGAGAAAUUGGAAUAGAUGGAAACAAUGGAGGCAACAUAGACGGUUACAGAAUUCAGGGAAUGAUUCCACCACGUCACAACUGGAUUCAAGCAAUGACAUUCCCAUUUAUGGUGAUUUUGGAACUGCAUCAGAUGACGAGGUAGCAACCGUUCCAGAUGGACAGUUGUGUGUGAUCUGUCUCACGAGGAGAAAGCGAUCUGCUUUCAUUCCAUGUGGUCAUUUUGUUUGCUGCGAACGUUGUGCUGUGUCAAUCGAACGUGAUUCAGCUCCCAAAUGUCCUGUUUGCCGCCAGCAAAUCCGUAGUUCUGUACGGAUUUAUGAUUCAUGAAGAGAAACAAAUUAUCUUUUCAGGUUCUAAGAUCUAACCACGACACAUCUCAUUCAUCUGGGUGACCCUUUAUGUUGAUACUGUUUGAGAUUUCAUAUCAAUGACAAUCCUUCGACGGGGCAGCAGAUCUGAAGUUUGUUUUUCCACAUCUGUUGUAACUAUUCAUCCCCAUAGUCUUUAUUUUGAUGGCAGAGCUUGUUGUUCAGAGUGUCUUUAUAAAGCCAAAUUUGAAGUGAUGGCUCUUGUAGAUAUCAGAUAAUAUACUCUUUUACAUUGUAACUUGCUGACAAUAUGAAAAAGAGACUUCAAUAUUGGCUCUGUUGUCUGAUA